ACUCUCCUCGCGUCUGCUCGCCGCUCAGUCGGUUCAGACAGUCGCUCGCUCACACGCACGCUCUUUUUGUCGGCGCCCAUCAGCUGGAUUUCACCUCCUCAGAGCUCGUUAAUCAGAUACAGAAACACAAAUCCAAAACGAACAGCUCUGUUUGCACAUCGUCUGAAGCUCGGCUGAGGGAGAUUUACAACAAGUCCUCGGGGACAUACCAAUGUCUCUCCCUCCUGUGGUCUUUGGAGUCCUUGCAAUCAUAGAUCCAACAGGAAAAUUGUCAUCAUGGAAACCUCCUGCCUCCACGCUGUGCUCCUCCACUCCCCCUGCAGAGGCUGUUACUGCUGAGAAGGGCCACUGAGACUGAGACAGGCUGAUCUGUGAAGACAUAAGUCACCCAAACCAUGUAGUGUACCUCUCUGCAAGAAGGGGGGAGGGUCUACAUUUGAGCCAGAUUUAUUUUCUAUUUAUUUAUAUUUAUAAGAUCUCUGUAGCAGAUUUGUUUUUGCUUGCUUAAAGUGUGUAUGUGGGUGGCUGCAGAACGUGUGAGGAGAAAGUGACAGAGAGGAAGAAAGAGAGAAAAUAGAAGAGGAGAGAUGGUCCUCCACGUCACCCCGUACUCCGGUGCCUGUCUGCACUUUCUGGAUGGCUUGUCGUGGAGCCUGGUUUUUCCUUGUUACUGGCUUCUGGACCGGCUCCUGGCAUCCUGUGUGCCCACGUCGCUGGAGAAGCGACAGCGCUCUCAGGACCCCUGCUCCUUCCUAACCCUGUGUGUCUUGAUCUCUGCACCUCUGUACCUGCUACUCUUCUUCGCCUCCCUGCCCUUUGCUCUGCUGGGCUUCAUCGUCUGGGCUCCCCUGCAGGCAGUCCGCCAGCCUUACCUGUACACCUACCGCAGACCAGACAAACACCAGGCUGAGGAGGGCCAAGCUGGACCAGGUGGUGUUGGAAUUGGAGAAUGGAGGCCACAGGGAAGAAGCUUCUGUUUCUGCAGUGCCAAUGUAUGCCUGCUGCCUGACUCCCUGGCCAGGUUCAACAACCUGUCAGACACCCACAGGAGAGCCCGGGAGGUAGGGAAGAGGAUCCGCAAUGGUGCCAGUCGGCCUCAGAUUAAAAUCUACAUUGACUCACCUACCAACACUUCUAUCAGUGCGGUAUCCUUUAGUAGCCUUGCUACAGGUUUCCGUCGUACCUCCUCUCUGGACCAGCGUCCAGACCACACCCACACCACCAAUGGCCCAGCAGACACAGAAACUGAACCCCUCACAGAGUGCCCAAUUCAUCCCCCAGGUGCCAUCGAUUGCCCAGUUCACUCCUCUUCUGCAGGAGACCAUGGCUCAUCUGACUGCCCCCUUCAUUCAGAUGGGGCAGACACCACAAAAGACUGCCCCCUUCAUACUGCAGACAGUAAUGGUGCCUCAGAAUGUCCAGUCCACACUACAGGGGAGGCUCAUGACUGCCCCUUGCAUUCCAAUGGGGCUCAGAAUGCCCAAAGCCAUCAUGACUGUCCCAUGCAUGGGGAAGCAGUUCAGCCAAAACCAUCCCCAGAUUGCCCACUUCACACCUCAGGGGUUAAAAUCAGCAUCAGUGCCCCAGAACCAGACCCCCAGGAAGAGGAGACUGAAACAGGAAACCAUCGGACAGGUGAGCAGGCAAUGGGAGACACAGGCAGCAUGACUGCUUCCAGGGAAUCCCUCACCCGCUACCAUGCAGGAGACGGCGGCAUAGGGAUAUCCUCCAACAAUACACUCUCUCAUGUUCCUCGCACGUCAGUCUUAAAGCGUCCUGGCCGCAAACGCCGACAUGGAGAUGAGACGUUCGACCAUGAAAUCUCUGCCUUUUUCCCUGCCAAUUUGGAUUUCCUGGCUCUACAGGAAGUGUUUGACCACGGAUCAGUAACUAGACUGCGACGACAGUUGCACCGCUACUUUCCCUACGUACUGAGUGAUGUUGGCCGGUAUGGAUGGAAAGGCUGUUGCUCAAGGUUCAAAUUCCUGAACAGUGGGCUGAUUCUGGCUAGCCGCUAUCCUAUCAUCGAUGCACGGUACGAGUGCUAUCCCAACGGAAGGGGAGAGGAUGCACUCGCAGCAAAGGGGGUGUUGUUUGCCAAGGUCCAUGUUGGCACCUCCCAUCAGGAACAAAGGGUUGUGGGAUAUCUCACGUGUACGCAUCUCCAUGCCAUUGAAGGUGAUGCAUCAGUACGUUGUGAGCAGCUCGACCUGCUGCUCCAAUGGGGGGCUGAGUUUCGCCAAACCUCGUCCCAACCACCUGAAGGAGAGAAGGUUCUGGAAGACCUGGUGGCCUUUGAUGUCAUCCUGGGAGACCUCAACUUUGAUAACUGCUCCUCAGAGGACAAGCUGGAGCAGCAGCAUGCACUUUUUACUCAGUACAAGGACCCAUGUCGCCUGGGGCCAGGGGAGGACAAACCGUGGGCUCUGGGUACUUUGCUGGAUCCCAGUGGCCUUUACGACGACGAGGUCAGUUCACCUGAAAGUUUACAAAAAGUGAUGGAGAAUGAGGAGGGGAGGAAGGAGUACUUGGUGUUUCCUCCUAGUAAAAGCCAGUGUCCAGCCAACAGUCAGAAAGGGAGAAAGAUCCCACUGAAGGGCAACGGACGCAGGAUUGACUACAUCCUCUACAGUGAUGAGCACCUGCAGCAGGACUGGAAACAGGAAGUGGAGGAGUUCAGUUUUGUCACCCAGUUGGCCGGCAUCACUGACCACCUGUCUGUGGCCAUGCGAAUGGCCGUCAGCACCGGGGAAGAGGAGCCUUAGAUUGACAACCAGAGCGUUGUUUUUAAAUACUGCCAUGGAAAAAAAAAUGACAGAGAAUGAAGAAAAGAAGCAGAGAUCAAGAGUUUACCGAUAUGGAGCUGCUUUGAGAAGGACAUAAUGCAAAUCUGCAUGAGGAUUGAAGGGACAGUGAAACGGACAAAUGAAUCAUUGGAGGAGCGCUCAGUGGAUAAAUGAAUAUAGAGAAGGAGAAGGAGAGCAGCAUCAGAGGAGUGAUAUGAUGAGAAAAAAAACUCUUGGGAGGAAAGAUAAGCAAGAGAAUUGAGUUUAAACAACCAGUGAGGUAUUCACCGUGAUGGGUAAACAGCCCACAAACACACACAAUACCUAACAUACAAACAAUUUACCAACAUUUAUAAAGUUGAAUAUCACCUGGCCUCUCCACUCUCCUCUUCACAAACUGUAGGUAUGAACAUAGAGGGUUUUAUUUACAGUCAUGUAGCCAUUUUAAACACACUCCUUCUAUUGGAUUUGUUUUAGCAUAGAAGUGUAAGUUAGAUUUUUUUUAUAUAUAUAUAUAUUCCUUCAGGGACAGUUGGAUCCUCAUUCUUUAGUGUUGAAAAAGGACCAGUAAUGAAAGAAUGACACAUACAUGCCACUGACUGGCCUUUACACUGACCUCAUGUGUCCUUGUGUUGUGCUCCUUCCUGAAAGGCCAUUGUUCUGCUGUCAUUCAACCUUGCUACACCCAUGUCAGUCCCAGGAACCUCAACAAGUGUCUUUUUUUUCUAAAGAAAAUGAAAUAGACUUUCUUAAAGGAGAAGAAUAAAAUGAUACAAUUUCUAUUGUUGCCACACCACUUUUUCUAAGGAGUUUAAAUGCCUGUUUAAUACUAUAUGUAUGUUUCUAUUAAUAGAUAUUGUAUAAAGGACCAUGAGAUUGGAGAGAAUUUGUUUGUUCAAUGCAAUGCUUAUUGCAUGUUUUCCAACCAUGACUGUUCACAAUUUGGACAUUGUUGGUGAGGUAGAGAGAACUGAGGAUUUGUUGUUGCAUGAUGGGAUAUGACACAAGUUUACAACCUUAAUAUAGCAGCUUAAUACUCGUGCUUGCCGGAGUCUGGCUGUUUGACGAGUCAAAAAGUCUUUUGCCCUAAAAACACACACUUACUGUAUGACAGUGUGACAUUUGUGCAUGUGAGACUUCACCGUGCUGCUGACACCGAACACACAUUAAGGUAUUCUGAGAAACAAAGUGAAGAUUUAAACAAAGCAGGUUGAUAUCUAAACAUUAUUAUCAAAGGGAAUUCAGGUUAUGUUUAUCCCCUGGAGGCCAUAUUGGAAGUCCUCUAAUUACAAAGUGUGACUUGGCUAAAUAUUGACAAAUACAAAGCCUUGUGACUGGGGGUAUAUUGUAGCUUGUUAGCUAAUGUACCAUUGUAGCUAGCCUAUAUGGUUAGCUAGCAAACACUUUGUUGUUAGCAUGUUGGAUUACUGCUCUAGCUAAUUAAAAAACAAUCACUUUGUGGACCUGCAGGUUGUACACACUCUGUAAAAUAUGCCAAGCAUUCCUAUAUUUCUGAACACAUUUUGUAAAGUUCCAACUAGUCCCAAAGAUUAAAACAGCCCUAUUGCAACUAUACAGACCUCAAGUAGUGCAAUGGCUAAUAAGUUUGGACACAACACGUACAACAAACACGAAUAAUAUGUGCUUCAGAAAUGUAGGUGUGCUCAUCCUGAGAGCAAAAACCAAACAUAAGACAUGGUGCAAAUUUUCAUUCAGUUUUACAGCACAAAAUAAGUAAAAAGAACAGCAUUUGCCUAUGUUAUGAUAAUUUCAAAAUAAAGCAUUUUUUUUUUCAA